GCCGUUAUUGUUUCUGGACGCACCAUCUGAUAAAGCCAUUAGCACGCUGAUAACGCUGGUCCACACAACCUUGAUAACUGAACCAGCAUCACAUCUCACAUGGUCCAGAAUGAAAUGAAGAUGUCAUCUUGAGUCAGUUCAACCGGAGCCUGGUAAACCCACCAUGGAACAUACAUUAUUCCGUCUCUUCGUGCCUCAACAGAUUUUGUUAUCGUUAUCAACGGCCCUCCCAACACAAAUGUUUUUCGCUCCUGGUCCAGAUUGCAACACCGUCCACACAAACUUAAGCGGCGCCGUUAUAGAGAGUGAUGACGUCACUGGUACCUCUGUUGACGUGUGCGACAUCCGCCUAGUGACGUCAGACCGGUGGCUGGUGCACGUGGACCACCUGGUCAUGGACAGGUGCCCUGUGAUGAUGCAGCUGUAUGACUCUAAUGUGAGGUCAUCGCUUGAGCCACCUACGGCCAACUUCUCCUGCGGCCGCCAUCAGCAGGCAGUUCCGACGACUCUGGAUUUCAAGACAGACUUCUUCACCUUCAGGCUGGUCAAUGAACAACAUAAGAAAGUCCGGUUUAAGAUUGUUCUCACAGCUUAUAAAGAACCGUCCUCUUGCCCCCCUGACUUCGAGUGCGGGAGCGGCACGUGUAUCCCGCGUUCUCUGGUGUGCGACGGCGUGGACAACUGUGUUGGCGGCAGAGACGAGCUCGUGGACAUCAACGAGCUGGACAAUGAUACUCUAGAUUGUCACGAUCAGCGCGGGUGUACCUACUUCAGCUGUGUGUCCGACGGUCUGUGCAUCCCGGGCAGAUUCGUCUGUGAUGACGUCAUGGACUGUCAGGAUGGCAGCGACGAGGAGCCCGAGGGAAGAUCUAAAUGUAAAGAAGAAGACUUUGGUAACUCUCCACUUAUAAUAAUAGCCGUGGUUGUGGGGGUGAGCUUCACGGUGUUCGGCCUGGCGAUCAUUAUGGGAGUAAUAUGGCGGACACGGCCGGGGGUCCGGAGGCGACUGUCUUUCAGGAGAGAGCAAAGAUGAGAAAUCACUGGUUUUCGGAUGAGAACAUUUUAUAGAUAAUACCAUCAAGGCAUUUGUUAGAUAUUUAAUGUCCAAUCCAUCAACCAGACAACAUGAAUCUAUUGGUUUCAUCACGUUUAAACUUUCUUAAGUGAACAUUACAACUAUUGUGUUUUGCAGAUGAGUAGCGGGUCGUGCAUUAAUUCAAUAUCAGUUGUUACUGUUUUCAGAACGAAACACUCUUCUUGCAUACAUGUUCUACAGAUAAUUAACGCUUUAUUCUGAUGAUAGAUGACGCCAAGCAUAUUUCUUGUAGACAUGUUCUACAGAUAAUUAACGCUUUAUUCUUAAGAUAGAUGAUGCAAGACAUUUCUUGUAAUAAUUGUCUCGGCCACUGUGCCAAGAUACAUGAUUCCAGAAAGAUUGCAAAGUCCAGAACAGGCAAACAGUCGAUGUUAAAGGCGAAACAAACAACAGUAAAGUACGGUUAUAACGAACUCAAAGGGACUACUAAUUUUAGUUCGUUAUAACCGUAGUUCGUUAUAAGCAUAUAUACAGCAUAUCUACAGCAAAUAGUCGGGACCAAAAAAGUAAGUUCGUUAUAUCCGUCAGUUCGUUAUAAGCGUGUUCGUUAUAACCGUACUUUAUUGUACAUGGAUAGGUUUUUAUUGAAAGUCGUUUGUAUGAAGACGUGAAACGUUUAUGGAAACUAACUCCUUCAUUAUUUGUAAUGCUGUUUCAGGCUACUUCUUGACCCUCCAUCAGGGGGAAGUGCUGAAACGUCGCUACCAAACAAUAAAAAAGAAAUAAAUGUUUCAAGUCUUCAUGUUCUUCCGACUUUUAACUCUAGCCAAUAUUUGUCGUUGGUUGUUUUGGGGGCACGGGUGGCCCAGUCGUCUAAGGUGCCGCAAUUCGCUGUGCAGAGUUGCGUCCCCUGGACACGCCAGAAACCUA